AUGCCCUUGGCGCCUCAGAUUGCUCGCCACGGGCAACGCGCCCUUCGAUGCCACCGAUGCAGCCACCAGACAAGGCAACUCGCGACUGCGGCAUCUGGGAGCUUCAAUUACGAAACCGGGGAAGCUGCGGGCGUGAAGAUAGCGAGCAGAGACUUGCCAGGCCCUACUACACAUCUGGCUGUCGUAGCAAAAGCUGGCACUCGAUUCCAGCCUCUGCCGGGCUACUCAGACGGGUUGGAAAAAUUCGCAUUCAAAAACACCUACAAACGCUCCGCUCUUCGAAUAACACGAGAAUCAGAGCUGCUUGGUGGUGAAUUGAGCUCGUAUCAUUCAAGAGAGAAUUUGGUGCUGAGUGCCAAGUUCUUGCGAGACGAUUUACCAUAUUUUGCCGAACUUCUGGGCGAAACAAUUUCCCUGACAAAAUUUACUGGUCAUGAGCUACACGAAGAGGUGAAUCCUAUUAUUGACCUUGCUCGGAAAAAGCUAUUAGGCAGUACAUCCGAGUUUGCGAUCAAUUCAGCACAUGGCGUCGCAUUCCAUCGAGGCCUUGGAAACCCCCUGCACCCAUCUUCCUCUACGCCAAUAACCCAAUAUCUUCAAGAGGACCUGCUACAGCAAUUCAGCACAGUUGCCUACGCUAAGCCUAACUUCGCCGUCGUAGCCAAUGGUGCGAGCUUCAGCGACUUGAACAAAUGGGUCGGCCAAUUCUUCACCGACUCCCCCUCUAUUCCACGUGUGGAUGUUCCCGAUUCAGGCAAAGCCCCAUCAAAAUACUACGGUGGUGAAGAACGCGUUGCGCAUGCUUCCGGCAACACGUUGAUUCUUGGAUUCCCUGGUUCAAGCUCCUUCACUGGCGGCUCAUACAAACCAGAAAUUUCUGUCCUUACAGCUCUACUGGGCGGGCAAACUACCAUCAAAUGGAGUCCAGGCUUUUCGCUACUCUCCAAAGCCACUGAGGCGUAUCCGCAAGCACACAUCUCAACCACUCAUCAGAUAUACUCAGACGCCGGCUUACUCACGGUUUCGUUGACAGGCAAUGCUAGUCAAGUCCGAGAUGCAAGUAAAGAAGUCGUCAAGACAAUCAAGGAGAUUGCAGGAGGAAAGGUCGGCAGUGAGGAUAUCAAAAAGGCAAAGGCCACAGCGAAGUUCCGGGCACUAGAGUCCGGGCAAAAUAUUGAUACCGGUAUUGAAUUGACGGGUGCAGGAUUGGUUCAGGGAGGGAAAGCAUACCAAAUAGACGAGGUAGGAAAAAGUAUUGAUGGUGUGACAGAUGAGCAGGUCAAAAAGGCUGCGAAGGCGCUUUUGGAUGGAAAAGCAUCGGUCUCCGCCGUUGGUGAUCUAUAUGUUCUGCCAUUUGCUGAGGAAAUAGGCUUGAAUGUAUAG